AUGGAAUUGCAAGGGGACAGUAGGCGUAAUAGUAAGAAGAAAAAGAUCGUUUUUGCUCCAUCAGAUAAUAAUAAUUGGAGGCCGUGGUCGGAGCUUCCUGAGGCUUUACUUCAUCAGAUAACUAAUUGGUUAGGUGCUAUUGAUUAUCUCUUUUUUGCCCGUGUGUGUAGAACUUGGAGGCUGUACGCUUUGGCAAACAAGCAAGGGUUUAUGGCAUCCCAAUCUCCACUUGUAGUUCUUUUCUUACAUCUGGGAGCGAAAAAUUUUUGUUACUUCUAUAGCAUUGUUGAUCAAAGGUUGUUCAAGGCAUUACUGCCUAGCCUUAUUGGCAAAGAGCUUUAUGGGGUUUCUUUUGGGUACUUGAUCAUCGUAGACAAGAGAAAGAUUUCAGAUUCUGAAAUUUGGCUUCUGAAUCCCUUUACGGGACAUAAACUUUUUUUUCCUAGCCCUCCCAAUCGGUUUCAAUAUGCCACCCUUGCUUCUUUACCUACUCCUUCGCCAGAGUUGAUCAUCAUAUGUUUUUCCGUUGAAUGCUUACAGUUCCGUAGAUCUACGGAUGUCAAUUGGACUCUAUAUAAAUAUGAUAAUCCUCAAAUGAUUUAUAAUUUAGCUCUCUUCAACGGUAAGAUAUAUAUAUCAAAUUAUGAAGGCAUUAGGGUGCUAAAUCUGAAUUCUCUGCAUCCUCAUUUGACCUUGCUGAACGUAAAAAGCAAUACAAAUGUGAAUCCUGGAUCGUGGCAGUUACUGGGUUUUGAUAAACAGCUCCUUGUGAUUUGUGGAGAUUCUGAUUAUGAAGUUUAUGAGCUAAAUUUUUUGAAGAUGGAAUUGGUGAAGAUUCCUAACUUGGGAGAUCAAGCAUUGUUCCAGGAUGGCAUUCUUUGA